GCAGUUGCUAUCUUGUGCUGCAUUUCAAAACUCCCCAGUGUGGAAAGGGUAUUAAGCUAUAAACCAACACCCAAAAAUUUCAAAUUCUAUCCAUAAAAUAAACCUGUUCCAGAAUCCUGAAACAGUUUGUGUGCUUUGCUAAUUAAGUGAGUAAGUACGACCUCUUUAAGCGAGAAUAAAAAAAAACUGUGUUUAGAAAAAACUUGAGAAUCUAAGAAGCUUGUAGCCAGGGCAUCUGACAGGGUGCAAGGGUGCAGAUCCGCACCCUAGAGCAAUUUCCACACCUUCCGCAACUUGGACGAAUUUCCCGCAAAAUCUGGGAUUUUUUUCGCAAAAUUGAAAAAAAAAGUACUCAAACCUUUUUUCUCAUGCUUAUCUUGUACUUGGGUAGAUUCCUUCAUGUGUAAUAUAGCCGAAAAAGGCUGCAAAACUCCAACAAAAUCAGAAUUGUUUAUGUUCCAUGUUGUACGAUCGUCAUAUUUGCAAAAAUGCACCAGGCGUUCCUUAUAACUACUGAAAAAGGCCUGGGCCCUAGCCUUAUUUCUAGAUUUAUAUUUCUCAUCUACCAAUCAGUGUUCGUGUUAUACUGUAUGUAUUCGCGGGAAAACUAAAAGAAAACAUAACUACAAGCUUUUUCAGUCGUCUUUGAGGAAUGCUAAGCACAAUCUUCAUCUUAAAUGGAUAAAUUUUUUAUCAAAGGCAAGAAAAAAGAUCCUCAUCUUGCAGUGCACAUAGAUGCUGCAGAUCGAGCAAAAAAGUAUCCAAGUGGAACAUGUCGAUAACAAAUUGCUGUUCUGUUCAACAUUCAAUAUCAUUGUCGAUCAUUUGAGGAAGUCUAAAGUCGAUAAGCAUCUGCAAUCAAAUUCUCAUUUCGAAAAAAAGAGCCGAGCAGACGAGUUCAAACAGCAAACAGUGAAUACGGCGUUCCAAUGCAAGACCGAGCCCCAGCUGGAAAAAGCGAAAGUCUGCCAGGAGUGGCUAAGAGCAUGCACGGCUGCAAACAUUCCGCUCCACAAGUCUGAUAAUGCUCUUCUACGAACAUUUCUGAACACAAGAGUGGUCAAUGGAGGUGCAAUCCCCAAAGCGUCACAGCUUCGCGAUUACUACCUGUUUGACGUUUAUGAGGUAGAAAAAGCCGACCUCCAACAGUUAGUAAAGAAUAAGAAUGUGGCCAAAAUUGUAGGCGAGUUGAGCGACGAGGAGGGGAGAUAUGUGCUUGACGUACUAGCGGUUUUAUUGGACUUAGAUGAGCUAUCUCCUAGUGGAAACUCAGUGGCGUAUUUGUUGGACACUCACUUCCUUGAAGCCACUAAUAAUAGAACUGUGGCACAGGCAGUUGUGAAGACAGUGCACGAAUGUGGGAUUGAUUAUGACAAUGUUUGAGUUUUUAACUCAGACAAUGUUGGAUAUAUGACAAAGGCAUUCAAAGACACUCUUUCCUGUCUUUUCCCUAUGUGCAUUCACAUCACGUGUCACAGCCACAUUGUGAAUUUGGUGGCAUGUGACCUGAAGAGGGGCUUUGCUGAAGUGAAUGAAUUUGUGAAAUGUUUCAGAAAUUUCUUUCAUGUUUCAAGCGGUAGGAAGAGUAGGUUUCUUCAGUUUCUAAAGGAAGCUAUUGGAAAGGAAGUUGUGCUAAUGCCUCCGAACCCAACUACUAAAAGCUGGAGCGCGUGGAUCGACUCUGUCGUUUACCACCCUAGCCAAGCCCACCUGUGUGUAGACUUUAUUAAACAGGAGCUGGAGUGUGGUCAAAGUUCCGCGUGCGCUUCUCUAACAUCGUCUGGAAGAGAUGUAUGAUGACACUUUGUUUAUGAAGAAGCUUAUCUGCCAUCUGGCUUUCCUUGAGGAAAAAGCCCCAGUCCUACGAAUCUACGUGGACUAUUUUCAGCAGAGGUCACCUCACUUCAUUGAAGCGCAUGACCAGUCGGAAAGUUUACUCUUCUACGUUGACCAAAAUGCCGCGCUCACAAGAGAAGAUAUCUCCUUCUGUUUAAAGGAUGCCUACUUCACGGAAGUAGAGCAGGAUGAGAUGAUAGCAGUGGUCACCAAAUCAUUUAGAGAUGCCGCGAGAAAACUGAAAAAGUAUGUGGUAGACGGUGCUCAGCCAGCUUCCAAAUUCUUACAACAAGUCAAAGUUUUGAAUCCGAUGAAUAUCGUUUCCAGUAACUGCAACCCUCGUGAUCUAGAUUGUAUUCCUGGCAUUGAGGCUGUAUCCCAAGAAGAACGGAAUCUCUACGUAAAUUUUCUCGGCCCAGAAGCAGUCAAAGAAAGCUAAUGCUGCCAAGCUCCCAGAGCUGUACAAGCUUGCAUCGUGCUACUGCAACGCCACGAUUGGAUCGUAUGAAGUAGAGCGGGCGUCCUCGGCGUAUGCCGAUAUCUUGAGUUAAGCGUCGAUCUCUAGACAAUAAAACCAUGCGUGCCUUUCAUUUUUUGAACUGGAACUUUAGAGUGAAUCCAUCAGAGUCAAAAGCCAUCCUUCAAAGCUACAUCCAGCAAUGCGUCGAGCAAGCGAAA